UGGUUUCGUCCUGUACAGGAAAACUCUUGUUUACAACAGCUCCACGUUAGCAUCACUGAUUUGAUGAACAGUCAGGACGAAAGUAGAAUCGUGUGAUAAUAAAUUUCUGCUUUUUGAUUUUUUUUAAAAAAAUUAACGAUAUUUGGACUAAUUCCGUAACCCAUGGGGAUUCUCGUGAUUGUUUGUGGGCAGAACUGCACAGCAAUGACCAGCUGGCUAACGUAGCCUAAUGUUUCCCAGUGUCAGUCAACUAACCUCAACAGCAGGGAACUAGUCCUCCCACAGAAGCGGUUCAUUUGGACCAGGUCCAGCAGACCGCUAGGCAGCUAUGGGUGCUGAAAGCAGUGCUGUGCAGAGCUGCACCCUGGAGGAGCCGCUUCUCACACUACCCUCGGGAAUCACCAUGUAUCCGUCGGUGCUCCGGGAUGGAAAACUCGCAUCCGUGUUUGUCCACAAACGGGGUAACGAAGACAAAGUCAACAAAGCUGCUAGGCACCUAAAAACCCUAAGGCAUCCGUGUCUGCUGCGCUUCCUAUCCUGUUCAGUGGAGGAUGGUGCCAUACACCUGGUGACAGAACGUGUGCAACCCCUGGAGCUGCUGCUGGACACCCUCUCACCAGAGGAAAUAUGUGCAGGCAUCUAUGACCUCCUACAGGCUCUUGUUUUUCUGCAUGAGAGGGGAAAGUCCAGCCACAACAAUGUUGGCAUUUCUUCAGUAUAUGUCAGUGAAGACGGUCAUUGGAAACUGGGAGGAAUGGAGACCGUCUGCAAGUUCUCUGAAGCCACUCUGGAGUUCCUUACAAGCAUAGGAAAUGUGAGAGAAGCUAACUGUGUUCCUCCAGAAGAGCAGGCUGAAGGAUUUAAAGUUCUUCCAGACAAACAUGCUCAUGCUCGGGACUGUUACUCCUUUGGAAGGAUAGUGGAGCGCCUCCUCCCUUUCCUCGAUGGCUACGUGUCACAGGAGCUAUCUGACAGUCUGAAGAAGACCCUACAGGCAGGCUUGUUGAACUCUGACCCUUUGUCCAGACCAUCACUAAGCUCCCUGCUCACUCAUGACUUUUUCAGGAAUGACUUUUUGGAGGUGAUGAAUUUUCUGAAGAGCCUGACUUUAAAGACAGAAGAAGAGAAGAAUGAAUUUUUCAAGUUUCUACUUGAUCGCGUUCAGAGUCUCCCUGAAGAGCUGGUAGCUGCACGUCUUGUCCCUAGUCUCCUUAACUCCCUGGUUUUAGCUGAGCCCAUGGCUGUUAGAAGUUUUCUGCCCCAUCUUCUCCGGCCAAAGAUGGACUGCAGCAGUGGUGGUAGCGGUGAAGAAUGUCUCCUGUCCGUGAGCCUGUACCGUAAACAUGUGAUCCCUGAACUUCUAAAGCUCUACAAGGUCAACGAGGAACACGUGCGGGUCGUCCUACUGUCUUAUAUCCACAUCUACGCCGAAUUCUUCACCCAUGACGAGCUCAAGAAUCAGAUACUGCCUCAAGUUUUGUUAGGAAUGAGAGACACCAACGAUUCCCUGGUCGCUAUGACACUGCAGAGCCUAGCAGUGUUGGUGCCUCUGCUCGGUGCUCAAGUGGUGGUUGGAGGAGAAAGGACCAGGAUCUUUAAACGUGCCACACCCAACUUCACCAAGUCUACAGAAGUCAGCCCUGAAACUUCUCCAGUCCAUACUGUCGGAGGUUCCCACACCCAGUUCACUCAGCCUCCUAAAAUAUUUAAUUCAUACUCUAAAUCACAAAGAAAUGAAGAUGUGGUCCUUGGUCACAUGGACAAUUCAACAGAAAAGACAGAGAUACAAAGAAGUUACUCUCUUGUUCCAAAAUCAGAUGCGAGUAGACGGAUGACACUGCCUUUGAACGGCCUUCAUCAGAACAAAAGGGAACCAAAACAGCCUGAAAGACGGCAAGGUCUAACAGAGGACUGGCCAAACUGGAGUGACACCGAGGAGAGCGAGACCAGAAACACACAGUCAGUCCAGAUUCACAUACAGGCCUCGGAGAAAGUAGAGCCAGUUAGCAACGUCCAGACACUCUCACAGAAGAGCAAUGAAGAGGAGCCUUGGGAAAACUUUGAGGAUGGUGAGCCAACCUCAGAUCUCUCCCCGACUGCUCCGUUACCACAACCAGUAAUCCUCACACCACCCACAGUGGGAACUGUUGGUACAGCUGUCACAAACGCUCCCGAAGCAUCCAGAGUGGGAUCAUCCAAACCUCUAAGACUAACCUCAACAGUGCGACAAUCCUCACAGAGUACGAACACCACACCCUGGGACAGCAGCUGGGCGCAGCAAGAGAGAGAAUCUCAGAAAUCACCUACUCCUACUGUGGCAAAGAAGGUUACAGAAAAGGGUAGUUUAGGGGAAGAGUUCACCAUUAAGGUGAAGAAGAAGGCGGUGCACGACCCUGAGCUGGAUUUGUUUGCUGACAUGGUGCCAGAUAUUAAGCUGUCUUCUGCAACUUUGCUUUCACUGGAGGAAAACAGCAUGAGUGAAGUGUCUUCAGAAAACACCAGCCUGGUGCAGGUGGACUCACUCAGCAAUACUGUGACUCUUACUUCCAAGUUUGCAGCUACUGAGGUGUCAGAGGUGGAAGCAGAAGGCUGGGACGGAGAUGAUCUGAACUGGGAGGAUGAGAACGCCUGGUAAUGAUAAACUGCAGUCUUUUUCCAUUUGCCGUUCCAUUUCCCACUUGAAUGUGGGAAAGAACAUGAAGUAGCAACUGCUUUACAGCCAACUGGAAGUUGCUCCCGUUCCUUUUUACAUAAUGCAGUCAGAAUGAAGACAAUAGGAAGGGAAAAGACAUUUAAACCUAUUUUUGGUUCAGUUUUUAUUGUGUCAGUUCUGCACA